AUGGACGUGCGUCAAGUUCCAGUCGUCGACAUCGCGGCGCUCAUGGCGCUCUCCAGUGACGUUGAAGUGGACGCUGCGCUGCGUGACGCCAAGGACGGCGCGCUGCACAAGACGAUCGAGGAGAUCCGAGCGGCUGCGAGCGAGUGGGGGUUCUUCUACAUCGCCAACCACGGACUGCCAGACCAAGAAAUGCAGAAGUUCCAGAAGGCCAUGCGCUCCUUCUUCCGUCUGCCCAAGGAGCUGAAGCGAACCGUCCGACGCACGCCCACCAACUCGCGCGGGUACGUGGAGCAUGAGCUCACCAAGAACAAGACGGACUGCAAAGAGUGCUUCGACUUUGCCGGACUCAACGAGGACGGCCUGGCGAACGACAAGCACCAGCGACUCGGGGAUGAUGAGAACCAGUGGGUCGAUGAGGAGACACUGCCUGGCUUCCGCAGCGAAAUGGCCACGUACUUCGGCAAGAUGGAGUACAUUGCGCGUCGGCUGCUGAAGGUGUUCGCUGUGGCCUUGGGCGAGGAGCCUGCGUUCUUCGACCAGUUCUUCCAUGGCGACAACUCGAGCCACAUGCGACUGAACCACUACCCAGCGACUGAGGACCCAGAGAAGACCAUGGGCGUGUACCACCACACGGACGCUGGCGCGCUCACUAUUCUGCUUCAAGACGACGAUGUUGCGUCGCUGCAGGCUUUCCACCGUGAGUCGCAGACGUGGAACAACGUGCCGCCGCGCAAGGGCACGUACACGAUCAACAUCGGCGACAUGGUGCAGGUGUGGUCCAACGACCAGUUCGUGGCGCCGCUGCACCGCGUUCUCGCUAAUGGCGGGGCCGACCGCUUCUCCGCCCCCUUCUUCUACAACCCGUCGUACAAGGCCCAAGUGGAGCCUAUUGUGGUGAAGGAGGGAGACGAGGCCAACUACCGACCGCUGAGCUGGGGUGAGUUCCGUUUGAGGCGCUACCAGGGCAACGUUGCCGACAAGGGCAAGGAGAUCCAGAUCGGAGAUUUCAAGAUCCGCGGACCCAUCGAUGUUGCGAAUUCGUAG